UCUGGCUGUCUGCCUGGGCCGGCCAAGCCUGCACCCUCCCCAGACCCUAUAAGGCCUGGGAACCAGGAGCUGAGGCGCUGCCAGCAACUGCUCUGCUCUGAGGGACCUUGCACGGCCCAGGUGAGUCCAGCUGUGUCACCCAGCGACUGACACCUCCAGCCCCUUAGGACACCAUGUCAGCUUCGGGAGAUGGGACCAGGAGUCCCCCCAAAUCCAAAGGCAAGACCCUGAGCAGUUUCUUCGGGUCCCUGCCUGGCUUCAGCUCUGCCCGGAACCUAGUGUCCCACACUCACAGUUCCACAAAGGACACAGGACCAGCAACAGACCCCACAGGGACUCCUGCUCUCCCACCUCUGGGGGCCACCAACCUGCAUCCGAUUCCAAGGGGUGCCUCAGGGCUGCUCCAGCCUUCUGAACAGACAACAGCUGGGUGCAAGGACGUGGGAAGCUUCAGUGUGACCAGUGGUGAAGAUGCCUUCUCCUCUGGGGUAGCUGGCAUCAUAGACACUGCAAAAGGAAUGGUCCAGGGUGGCCUGGGAGCCACCCAGUCGGCCCUUGUGGGCACUAAGGAGGCAGUGUCCGGAGGCAUCAUGGGAGCAGUAGGUAUGGCCAAAGGUCUUGUUGAGGGGGGCCUGGACACCAACAAGUCUGUGGUCAUGGGCACCAAGGACACGGUGGCCACAGGACUCACAGGAGCCAUGAAUGUGGCCAAAGGGACAGUGCAGACAGGCCUAGACACCAGCAAGAGUAUGCUGACAGGCACCAAGGACACUGUUUGUGCUGGAGUCACAGGAGCUAUUAACAUGGCGAAAGGGGUUGCCCAGGGGGGCCUGGAUACUACCAAGUCUGUGGUCAUGGGCACCAAGGAUACAGUGGUCACAGGACUCACAGGGGCUGCAAACAUGGCCAAGGGGACAGUGCAAACAGGCCUGGACACCACCAAGUCUGUGGUCGUGGGCACCAAGGACACAGUGACCACAGGACUCACGGGGGCCAUGAAUGUGGCCAAAGGGACGGUGCAAACAGGCCUGGACACCAGCAAGAGUGUGCUGACAGGCACCAAGGACACAGUGCCCACAGGACUCACGGGGGCCAUGAAUGUGGCCAGAGGGACAGUGCAGACAGGCCUAGACACCAGCAAGAGUGGACAGACAGGCACCAAGGACACUGUUUGUGCUGGCGUCACAGGAGCCAUUAACAUGGCCAAAGGAGGUGCCCAGGGGGGCCUGGAUACUACCAAGUCUGUGGUCAGGGGUACCAAGGACACAGUGCCCACAGGACUCACGGGGGCCAUGAAUGUGGCCAGAGGGACAGUGCAGACAGGCCUAGACACCAGCAAGAGUGGACAGACAGGCACCAAGGACACUGUUUGUGCUGGCGUCACAGGAGCCAUUAACAUGGCCAAAGGGGUUGCCCAGGGGGGCCUGGAUACUACCAAAUCUGUGGUCAUGGGUACCAAGGAUACAGUGACCACAGGACUCACAGGGGCUGCAAACAUGGCCAAGGGGACAGUGCAGACAGGCCUAGACACCAGCAAGACUGUGCUCACAGGCACCAAGGACACUGUUUGUGCUGGCGUCACAGGAGCCAUUAACAUGGCCAAAGGAGUUGCCCAGGGGGGCCUGGAUACUACCAAAUCUGUGGUCAUGGGUACCAAGGAUACAGUGACCACAGGACUCACAGGAGCCAUGAAUGUGGCCAAAGGGACAGUGCAGACAGGCCUAGACACCAGCAAGACUGUGCUCACAGGCACCAAGGACACUGUUUGUGCUGGCGUCACAGGAGCCAUUAACAUGGCCAAAGGAGUUGCCCAGGGGGGCCUGGAUACUACCAAAUCUGUGGUCAUGGGUACCAAGGAUACAGUGACCACAGGACUCACAGGAGCCAUGAAUGUGGCCAAAGGGACAGUGCAGACAGGCCUAGACACCAGCAAGACUGUGCUCACAGGCACCAAGGACACUGUUUGUGCUGGCGUCACAGGAGCCAUUAACAUGGCCAAAGGAGUUGCCCAGGGGGGCCUGGAUACUACCAAGUCUGUGGUCAUGGGCACCAAGGAUACAGUGGUCACAGGACUCACAGGGGCUGCAAACAUGGCCAAGGGGACAGUGCAAACAGGCCUGGACACCACCAAGUCUGUGGUCGUGGGCACCAAGGACACGAUGACCACAGGACUCACGGGGGCCAUGAAUGUGGCCAAAGGGACAGUGCAGACAGGCCUGGAUACCACCAAGUCUGUGGUCAUGGGUACCAAGGACACAGUGACCACAGGACUCACAGGGGCUGCAAACAUGGCCAAGGGGACAGUGCAAACAGGCCUGGACACCACCAAGUCUGUGGUCGUGGGCACCAAGGACACGAUGACCACAGGACUCACGGGGGCCAUGAAUGUGGCCAAAGGGACAGUGCAGACAGGCCUGGAUACCACCAAGUCUGUGGUCAUGGGUACCAAGGACACAGUGACCACAGGACUCACAGGGGCUGCAAACAUGGCCAAGGGGACAGUGCAGACAGGUCUGGAUACCAGCAAGACUGUGCUCACAGGCACCAAGGACCCUGUUUGGGCUGGAGUCACAGGAGCCAUUAACAUGGCCAAAGGAGUAGCCCAGGGGGGCCUGGAUACUACCAAGUCUGUGGUCAUGGCGACCAAGGACACAGUGACCACAGGACGCACGGGGGCCAUGAAUGUGGCCAAAGGAACAGGGCAGACAGGCCUAGACACCAGCAGGUGUGUGCGGACAGGCACCAAGGACCCUGUUUGGGCUGGAGUCACAGGAGCCAUUAACAUGGCCAAAGGAGUAGCCCAGGGGGGCCUGGAUACUACCAAGUCUGUGGUCAUGGCGACCAAGGACACAGUGACCACAGGACGCACGGGGGCCAUGAAUGUGGCCAAAGGAACAGGGCAGACAGGCCUAGACACCAGCAGGUGUGUGCGGACAGGCACCAAGGACCCUGUUUGGGCUGGAGUCACAGGAGCCAUUAACAUGGCCAAAGGAGUAGCCCAGGGGGGCCUGGAUACUACCAAAUCUGUGGUCGUGGGCACCAAGGACACGGUGGCCACAGGACUCACAGGGGCUGCAAACAUGGCCAAGGGGACAGUGCAGACAGGCCUGGACACCAGCAAGUCUGUGGUCACAGGCACCAAGGACACAGUGACCACAGGACUCACAGGAGCCAUGAAUGUGGCCAAAGGGACAGUGCAGACAGGCCUGGACACCAGCAAGUCUGUGGUCACAGGCACCAAGGACACAGUGACCACAGGACUCACAGGAGCCAUGAAUGUGGCCAAAGGGACAGUGCAGACAGGCCUGGACACCAGCAAGUCUGUGGUCACAGGCACCAAGGACACAGUGACCACAGGACUCACAGGAGCCAUGAAUGUGGCCAAAGGGACAGUGCAGACAGGCCUGGACACCAGCAAGUCUGUGGUCACAGGCACCAAGGACACAGUGACCACAGGACUCACAGGAGCCAUGAAUGUGGCCAAAGGGACAGUGCAGACAGGCCUGGACACCAGCAAGUCUGUGGUCACAGGCACCAAGGACACAGUGACCACAGGACUCACAGGAGCCAUGAAUGUGGCCAAAGGGACAGUGCAGACAGGUCCGGAUACCAGCAAGACUGUGCUCACAGGCCCCAAGGACACUGUUGGUGCUGGAGUCAGAGGAGCCAUUAACAUGGCCAAAGGAGUUGGCCAGGGGGGCCUGGAUACUACCAAGUCUGUGGUCAUGGGCACCAAGGAUACGGUAGCCACAGGACUCACAGGGGCUGCAAACAUGGCCAAGGGGACAGUGCAGACAGGCCUGGACACCAGCAAGAGUGUGCUCACAGGUACGAAUGAUACUGUCUGUGCUGGGAUCACUGGGGCCAUGAACAUGGCUAAAGGUGUCAUUCAGAAGGGCCUGGACACUACCAGGGAAUCAGGUUCUGCCAUGCUGUCUCAGGGAGAUAAAGUGGCCAUCAAUACCACCCACACUGGUAUCCAUACAGUCCCAAGUUCACUCUCUGGCUCUCAUGUCACCAUGUGUUAUGAGCCUGGCAGUUGCAGUGCUAUCAACCAAGGCUUAGAACAUGCAAACCUGACUUUUGCAGAGCCCUCAUGUUCUGAGAUCAGCAGCCUUGCAAACACAUGUGGCUUGGGGCUUAUUACGGAACCCAUAGCUACCACCAAAGGCCUUGUGUCUGGUGUGGCUUCAUCUGCCCAUGCAGUUCCCAGGUCUGAGGAGGAGUGUGGUCAGCUGGCUGCUACAAGCUUUGCUGCACUUCAUGAUGAGUUGGAAGGGCUAGGGGACAUCUUCCAGCCCAUGACAGCCGAGGAACAAGCCCAGCUGGCAGCCUCGGAGACAGGGCCCCGGGUGCUCUCUGCUGACCGGAGAAGCUACUUUGUCCGCCUAGGUGACCUGGCACCCAGCUUCCGCCAGCGGGCUUUUGAACAUGCCCUGAGCCAUAUACAGCACAAUCAAUUCCAAGCUAGGGCUUCGCUGGCCCAGCUUCAGGAGGCCUUCCAGGUGACAGACAUGGCUGUGGAGGCUCCAGGUGGGCACCUGCGUUGGGACCAGGGCUUGAGCUCCACAGUGGAGGCUGCUGGUACCCAAAAGGUGCGUGUUUCCAUGGCUCAGGACAGACUGUGCACGCUAGCCUGCCAGCUCCAUGCAGCUUAUAGCAGCCUGACAGCCUGCCUGCAGGGCCUGCCAGAGUUGCAGCAGCAGGCAGGGCUGGCACGGCACAGCCUCUGCAAGCUGUAUGGCCUCGUGUCCUCUGCAAGUGGUGUCGACCUGCAGGCAGAGCAGCUGGCCCAGAGCAGUGCCGGUGUGGUCCAGGCAUGGCAGGGUCUGGAGGUGCUGCUGGACAGGCUGCAGCAGAGCCCCCCACUUGCCUGGCUGGUGGGACCCUUCACUGUGAUGCCUAGUGGCCAGCUGUAGGCAUCUGAGGGCUGCACUUCCUCAAAGAUCUGGAUUAUGCAGGAGCCAGAGGGUCCUCGGAAAGUGAAUUUGAAAAUAGCCAUGGCUCCCACUAUUUCCAACUGACAGCCCCUCUUCCAAACUAGCCACGAAGUCUGUUCAGAGAGUGGCCACAUAGGUCCCAAGAACAGAGCAAAGCAGUAUAGUCAAACCUAGAAGGUCCUUAAGCUGUCCCCACUGGCAAAUCUACUACACUAGGGGCUUUGACCCUACCUUCAGGGGCCCACAGCUCUCCGCUACAGGUGGUGCCCCUCUACCCCAGGCCCUACCCUGGACAGUGCAUCCAGAGCUCUUGGCUAAUAUGCUAGGCAACUUGUUCCCUGGCACUAGAAUGUGCUAGAAUGCAUAGCUACCCUAAGGUAAGCUCCCAUAACCUCUUCAGAUACCUAGAGUAUGUGUGUGGUUUGGCGGCAGGUAUCCCAGGAUGCUGUGGGCCUGACUCAGACCUGCUCUGCUGGGAAAAGGAGGGUCACACACCAGAGACAGGGCUGACUUGACAGGACCAGUACUGCUCUGAGCAACUGUGGUCUGCAUGAGUAUAUGGCCUGCACACGAAUGUGGCAUACAAAAAAGUACAUUGUCCACCUAGGGUUGAAGGCUGUACUGACUGGAGACACAAGCAGGUAAUGGUCCCUCUUCCUCACCCUAUGCACCCAAGACGAAAGCAUAGAAGAUGAUGGGGCCCAAGGCACUCCCUUGUGGUCAGGCCAUCCAAGGCCACAGUCCAGCCCUCCCUGAACCCCAAUAAUGCUAGCAACGCCCAACCUUCCAGCUUCCUUUUAUGUGCACUCUUGGAAAGUAACAAUGUCCUUGAGGUCCAAGAUUGGGAUAGCUGUGGCCUAGAAAUGCCAUGAUGGAGAUGGCAAGGAGUUUUCCUGAGCCUGUCCUUCUGCCACAUCAGCAUCAGGGUGCAACACUAGACUAAGAGGAGCCCGGGGCCUGCAUGAAGGCAGGUGGAUACACUGGGAGGCAUGUACCCAAUCUGAGCCCACAGGGAACAUAGUGGAGUGAAAUAGCACUGCGCAAAGCCACACAAAGCUGGGAGGGUGUGGACUAACUCUCCACCACAAGUACUGAGCUUCCCCAGAGAUACUAUGCUGACCCACCUGGGGGUACCAGCAUAGCUGGGCUUGGGAUGGCAGUUGAGUCAGGGCACAGUCUUUUAUGAGCCUGUCCUUAGCAUCUUCUCCACUCAUGCUGAUGAACAAGCCACUCACUGCAGGAAGAGCUCUGGCCUCUAAGUGUGAACCCUGCCCUGUACUAGGCCUGGUUCCCCAUUCUGCUCAUGGUGGCUGGUACCUCAGGCAUAGUGUGCCCUGGCCCCAGCCCAGCUGCAUUUCACAUCAGGACACCAAGCCAAUAAAAGCUGUUUCUUUUUCAUUACAAAA